AUGCCGCCGUGGGACGCCGCCCUCGCCCUGCUGGUGGCCGCGCUCGCCCUGCUUGGCCUGCUGGCCCCGCGGCUGCGGCGCGCCGUCGGAGCGAGGACUGUGCCGGCGGCCCGCGGCCAGGACCACGAGGAGGAGACGGACGGCGGAGGUGCCGCAGACCGGUUCAGCGACGGGCGGGAGCCACUGCCCGGCGGGUGCAGGCUCAUCUGUAAACCGUCGGCGCUGGCUCAGUGCCUGCUGAGCGCCUUGCGACGCUCGGCAGCGCUGGAGCCGCGCCCGCGCUCCUGGCUCUGCGGACCCCACCUGCAGACCCUCUGCCACUUCGUGCUGCCCGUGGGGCCGGGGCCUGAGCUGGCCCGGGAGUACCUGCAGUUAGUGGACGACGGGCUGGUGGCCCUGGACUGGGUGGUGGGACCUUGUCCCCGGGGCCGGCGGGUCACCAACGCGGGAGGCCAUCCCGCGGUGCUGCUAGUAAUCCCCAAUGCGUGGGGGCGCCUCACUCGCAACGUGCUCGGCCUCUGCCUGCUCGCUCUGGAGCGCGGCUACUACCCGGUCAUCUUCCACCGCCGCGGCCACCACGGCUGCCCGCUGGUCAGCCCCCGGCUGCAGCCUUUCGGGGACCCGUCCGACCUCAAGGAGGCUGUCACUUACAUCCGCUUCCGACACCCGGCGGCCCCUCUGUUCGCGGUGAGCGAGGGCUCGGGCUCCGCGCUCCUGCUGUCCUACCUGGGCGAGUGCGGCUCGUCCAGCUAUGUGACCGGCGCCGCAUGCAUCUCGCCGGUGCUGCGCUGCCGCGAGUGGUUUGAGGCCGGCCUGCCCUGGCCCUACGAGCGGGGCUUCCUGCUCCUCCAGAAGAUGGCCCUCAGCAGGUAUGCCUCGGCCCUGCAGGACGCCGUGGACACCCACAGGCUGUUCAGGAGCCGCUCCCUUCGAGAGUUUGAGGAGACCCUGUUCUGCCACACCAAGAGUUUCCCCAUCAGCUGGGACACCUACUGGGACCACAACGAUCCCCUCCGGGAUGUGGACGAGGCCGCGGUGCCUGUGUUGUGUAUCUCCAGUGCCGACGACCCCGUGUGCGGGCCCCCGGACCACUUUCUGCCCGCGGAACUCUUUCACAGCAACCCCUACUUUUUCCUCCUGCUCAGUCACCAUGGAGGCCACUGCGGCUUCCUGCGCCAGGAGCCCUUGCCAGCCUGGAGCCACGAGGUCACCUUGGAGUACUUCCGGGCCUUGACUGAGUUCUUCAGAACGGAAGAGAGGAUGAAAGGGCUGAGCAGGCACCGGGCUUCGUUCCUGGGGGGCCGGCGUCGCUGGGGGACCCUGCAGAAGAGAGAGGCCUCUCCCUCUUCCAGUCUGGAGGAGAUCUUUAGCUGGAAGCGAUCAUACACGAGGUGAGGGCCUGCCUGAGAACAGAGCUGGGCGUGCAGAGUCCUGAACCAGCUGUGAGGACAGAAGGGGGGGCCAGCACUCUGGGGCCUUUGUGGCUGAUUCGGCCCCCUCUCUUAGACUGGUCUGUGGAAGAAGGAACUUGCAGCAAGCUGGUGCUGAAUUUACCCUGAGAACACUCCUGCCCCAGGCUUUGCUCAACACAUUCCAGCGCUUCCUGGU